CUACUCUCUACUCUAUAUAGCUCACAACACAUUCCUCACUAAACUCUCUCUCUUGCAAGAAAAGCAAACAUGGAGAAUGAUCUCUGAAAAGGAAAAGGAUUUUACUUUCAUUAUUUUGAACUCUGCAAACUCCAUUGGCUGUGGAGUGAUUCAAUAAAGGAAAGAAUGGAGCUUAGGAUAGAACUUUCCUCAGCAAAAGACUGGCUUUCAAGAUUCAAGGGAUUUUACAAUGAGUAUCAAUACAAGUAUGAGAAAGGUAAGAAGCCAUCAACAAAUUCAGAUGCUGAAAGCUCGAAAACAGGAGCAAGUAAGGCUUGUGGAGAAUCAUCAUCUAAAGGGAACAAGGCUGUUUUGUGGGGAAGUGAAGUUGAGGAGCUUCAGGAGCGACUUAAGAUUCUUGAAGAAGAAACUGAGAUCAUGAAGGAUGCCUUCUUUUGGAGUUUAAAAGAAAGGAAAUAUAUGAUGAAAGAGAUAUAUCAGCAGUUUCAACUAUUAAAUCACUGCCUUCAAACUCGAAAUUUAGUACUAGGAGAAAGUUCCGGUGUCAACCCUUUUGAGAAUGUGGAAUUCAGAAAGAGUUUGCCAGAAAUUUUAAGCCCAUAUCCAAAUCCAUCUCUUCUUACCAGAGAGCUCAAAGCCAGAGUUUUGGCACUCCAAGAACCUAUAAAACACAGAGGCCACACCAAGUUUCACCAUGACUGAUGCAGUCCUCAAUAUGUGUAGGAGUGAAAUCAAAUCAAAUUGCUACCAUUGAAAAAGAGCUUCUUGGCAAAAUGAAGUGUGUGAUGAUUUAAUUAAGUUGGGUGGUAUGGUGUUUCAUCAUCUUUUAUUUCAAAAACUGUGUUCUGCUAUUUUCUUACUAUACAGGAAAAACAGCUUUGUUAUUCGAAUAUAGAAAGGCAAUACAAUAUACGUACAAUUAAAAUGACA